UCCAGAGCUCAGCCAUGUCCGCCAGCACCCACAGCCACGCCGGGAGCCGGGAAUUCCCCGGGAAUUGCACCCUGGAGAGGGCCCUGCAGACCGUGGUGGACGUUUUCCACCGGUACAGCGUCCGCCAGGGCGAGGUGGACCUGCUCAGCCUCGGCGACUUCAGGACGCUGCUGAAGGAGCAGGCGCCGUCCUUCCUGAGCACCUGCGACAGGAACAGGGCUGACUACCUGGAGAAGCUCUUCCAGGAGACCGACCUGGACCACGACAGGGAGCUGAGCUUCGAGGAGUUCACCGUGGUGCUGAGCAAGCUGGCGGACGACGCGCACCGCAUCAGCCACGGCUCCGAGCGCUGCGGGCCCGACCGCGACUGAGCCCUGUCGCGACAGAGCCCAAUCGCGACAGAGCCCGGCUGCGACUGAGCCCAGUCGCGACUGAGCUCAAU